UUACAGCUUGGCUCAUCCUCUUCUGUGCCUUUCACAUCUAUUUUUUCUCAGCUUUUUAUGACUGUUGUGGUUCCUCUCAUUAUUGGACAGAUUGUCCGAAGAUUCAUCAAGGAUUGGCUUGAAAGAAAGAAACCUCCUUUUGGUGCUAUCAGCAGCUGUGUGCUCCUCAUGAUCAUCUAUACAACGUUCUGUGACACGUUCUCAAACCCAAAUAUUGACCUGGAUAAAUUCAGCCUUGUUCUCAUACUGUUCAUCAUAUUUUCUAUUCAGCUGAGUUUCAUGCUUUUAACCUUCAUCUUUUCAACAAGGAAUAAUUCGGAUUUCACACCAGCAGAUACAGUGGCUAUCAUUUUCUGUUCUACACACAAAUCUCUCACAUUGGGAGUUCCAAUGCUGAAGAUUGUGUUUGCAGGCCACGAGUAUCUCUCUUUAAUAUCUGUGCCGUUGCUCAUCUACCACCCAGCCCAGAUCCUCCUGGGAAGUGUGUUGGUGCCAACAAUAAAGUCAUGGAUGGUGUCAAGGCAGAAGGGAGUGAAGCUGAUGAGGCCAACAGUAUAACGAAGGAGACGCACUUUCUGUAGCAAUGUAUAUGUGUACAGGAUUGUACAUACGAACAGUUCUGAGAACUUGUACUUGUGAAUGUUGCUUCGAUGCAUAUUUUAUUUUUUUACACAAAAAUAUGAUAUACCUGUUUAAGUGCCUUAAAAUGUAUUUGACAAGAGCAUAAUUUCCAAAACAUACUUCGUUGGUUUCUGCCAGGGGUGGUACAGUAUUUUGGAGUUAAUUUUUUUUUUCCUAACACAGGAAACAGUCAUAGUAAGUGACAAAAAAGCAAACAUGCUUUCCCUGCACCACCUUUUGUGCAAUACAGCUCUGUAAUAGUUACUGUAAUGUUUGAAAUGAGGUCACACCGUCAGGAAGAUGCCCUUCUGAUGACAGUGAAAAUUUCCAAAGGCUUAUUCACGCGUACUUUGAUUUACUGUGUGACUCUUUUUUCUACAACUGUGACAUGCCUCUUCCCUAUCAACUCAGCAGGGGUCAUAGAUCGAAUAGAUGCUGGAAAGCAUAUGAUAUUUGCAUUCCUUGACAUCAUUUUUUUUCGACAUUCCUUCAAAUAGUUUCCACACAGAAAUUUCUCAGUCCCAUUAUAAGAGAGUGUGGUGUUAUAAGUCUUAAAUUUAUUAUAAGCUGCUUCAAAGAAACGGCCUGAUGUUUGAGUUAUGAGGGAAGUGCGUGAAGUUUUGAGGUAAACUACAGGAUUUAGUUUGGGGAGAUUUUAAAUUAUAUCUCAAUAUGUUUUUCGUCUUUUUUCUGUAAUUUCUUUCUUACCUGUCUUCUAAUACAUUUGCACACUCAUAACAGCCAAAUGUGAGACACAAAUAUGUUGCAGACAGUUUGAGAACAGUGACAAGUAAUGAUGUAUUAAUACCCACAUUCCACACUGGGACCAAAUUUUUUUUCCUGUUACACAGAUGCGCUAAGCACUUUCCAGUAUGCCCCUUUUUGCCAGAAGCAGCCUAUUACAUCCCUGAAUUAAGCACACUUAAGGCACUUGAGACAAUUUAUUAAAGAGAAUUGAAAUGUUUGUAACAUUUUUUAAAAAAUUAAAUCAUAUUGCUCCUGUGAAUAUAUGAAAAUAUAAAGGUCAUAGAUACAAACAAAUGUUACAUAUACACAUUCUGUCUAGCCAGAUGGAAAGAAAAACGGGCACAGAAAAUGCAAAACUGUUCGUUAACCAAAAUAUCAGGUAAAAUUAGUUCCUAACUGGGCAUCAGCUUUCAAAGGAG